AUGUGCACCGAAACCAUCGCCCUCUGCGAAAGCUGCGGCUUCCACCGGCACAUGCACUUCCACCACUGCAUGGCCUGGAUCUGGUCCUACCGCGAGAUACGAUGGGGCUUCUGGACGCCCCUCGACAGCAUCCCCAAGCCCGGCGACUGCCCCUUCCUCGACGGCGAGGCCAAGACCGCGAUCCUGCCCGGCCGGUGCCCCAACGAGCAGUGCCCCGGGCACGCGAUCAAGGCGGCGCAGGACAAGGAAAAGAAGAGACAGAAAACUAUGGAUACCAGGACCGACGCGGAAAAGAUCGAGGCCCAGAGGAUCAAGCUGGGCUUCAGGCGGUUCCGGCCGCAGCAGUUCGGAGACCCGCUGGAGGUCGGACGGCCGCACCAGCGGAAGCUGCCGGUCGUGAUGCUGGACUUCAAGCCCGAGGAGGGGUCGGGGUGGGGGCGUGUUGUUGGUGGUGGGAGUCGAAGUCAGAGCCAGAGCCGGAGCGGAAGCGCGCAGGGAGAGGAGGAGCAGCAGCAGCAGCACACGGGCACGAGGCCGAUUCCGAUUCAGAGACCGUCUUCAAUAUCUGGCAUUCGGCCGCCUGCGAGGAGACAGAGGAACUUCAAUGGGCCGAUGAUGAUGCCUCAUUGA